AUGCCACCAAUGGGGUGCGUUAGCAGCAGAGGCAUGGAAGCCCCGGACCUCGAUAGUAGUACCGAAUACGACAGCAGCACCAUCUCCCGAACCACGUCGCAGUCUUCCCGAGCCACCGCGCAGUCGCCGAGCCUCCAUGCUCGGCGGUCAGGACCAGCUCCGUCCAGAGGCUUGGGAGGAGCGAUGGGACAGAUGGCAGGAUCGCAGCCAGUAAAGGACCUGUUGGACGUGUUCAUUGACGAGGUAGAGAGUUCGCACAAGCGAAAGUCAAAGAGCAAGACACACAGACACAAGGGGUCAUCUGGAGAAGCUGGUGCAGCGGGGGAUGUUGGGGCAGCGGGGGAGGCUGGGGAAACGGGGGAGAGUGGAGCAACAGCGGAAGUUGGAGCGGCAGGGAGGAUUGGGGUAGAAAGAGCGUCUGAGGCCGCAGGAGUAAAGGCAGCAGAUAUUGGGGCGUUGAGAGGAGGGGAGGUGAAAGGAACAGCUAUUGGGGCAUCCCAGGGUGAGGUAGAGGGGCGAGCAACAGAAGGGCGGAAGGGAGGUGAGGAGGAAGAUGGGAUGGGGCCGCGAGAGAAAGGGCGGGGUUUGGAGUGCACAUUAGAUGAGCGCUCAUCUAAUAGUAAGGCGGCUGGACCAGAUACGGAAGUAGCAACAGCAACAGCAGCGCCAGACUCAGCUCCUUUACCUACAGAGACAUAUCUUCUGAAUAAUCCGGCUUGCGAGCUUGCAAGGCACGCUGGCGCCACAUCGGAUGCCACGUCAGAUCCUCAUGCUGGGAGCUUAAGCACAAACGGUCCUCCUCCUCCUGUUCACAGCAACCCUGCUACAGCCUGCUCCGCGGAUUCAGUGCAUCUAGACAAUCCCAAGGGCGCCUCGUGGAAGGCUGACAAUCCCAAGGCUGGUUCAGGGGAGGUGAAAAAUCCCGGAGCUGCACAACAGGAUACAGGGGAACCAGCAGGCUUAGGUUCGGGAUGUACAGACCAGGCAGGUAGCUUCGGUGGUGUGGUUCGGGCCAGCCCUGGCGAGGCUGAAGCAGGGGCGGGUUUUGAGGGAGAGGUUGGGAGAGUAGGUUCGGGGAGGGACGGACCUGUCGUCCGAACCUGGGAGGUUGACCCGGAGCGCCGAGCCAAGAGCUGGAGAAGAGACGUGGAGGCCGAGUUCUCUAGGGGUGAAAAGAAGAGAAGAGGCUCGAAGGCGCAGGUAGUAACAGCUCCGGAAGCAGCAGGUGUGGGCGAUGGGGAUGGUGUAAGCAGAGGACCAACGGUUGUGAUUGACUCUGGAGCGGAGGAAGCUAAUAAGGAGCGUCAGAUGGAGCAGCCCGUACGUGCUAUUGGUAAUGCAGGUACAGGGGAGGGCGGAGGGGGCGAUAGAAAGGAGGGCGGGGGCACGUAUGUGAAUUUAGACGCGCCUCUGAUUUCGUCUGGUGAGGGGGAGGGUGGUGGUGGCACGUACCUGUUUGCAAUGAAGCUGCGACGAGUGAGGAGCUCGGGAGAUGUCACGAAAGGGGAUGUCUCUAAAGGGGAUGUUGUUUCUAACGGGGAUGCUACUGACGCGGAUGUUGUCAGCAGCGGCGCUGCACCUGCGAGUGCUGGGGUGAAGGCCAGGCAGGAGGGGAAGGGGAGCCUGCUGGGUGUGCUGGAGCAUGAGUGCAUGGGGGAGGGGGAGGGAAGGAGUAAGGGGGAGGAUGAGGAAAGAAGCAAGGAGGGUCAGGAGGGGAGGAAUGAGGAGGCGGAGGGCCAGGCUAGCCCCAGCAGCAGUAGGCCGGUGCAAGGCAUGCAGAGAGACAGUGGCUUGGUGAUGCGGGGAAAUGGUGCUGUGGUGCAGAGGAAGCGAGCACUGACGGGUGAGGAGAACGCACAAGGAGGAGAUGAGAGGGAGGGAGGGCAGGGAAGCCGAGGGCAAAGGGAGGCCGAGGAGAAUGGUGGUGGCGGGGGUGGUGAUGAUGAUCUAAUGCUUACUGGCAGCUUCUCCUGCUUCGCCAGGAGUCCCAGGCCCAGCCAGCCUGAUGCAAAAUUCAGUGCAGGGUGGGGUGGGAAUGCCUUUGCCUCUGCUGGCGCUGCUGCCGCUGCUGCUGGCGCUGGCGCUGGCACUGCUGCUAGUUCCCGAGCAAGGUCAUCAACCAAGCAUCCCCGCAAGUCGAUAUCCUCUUCAAAGCCAUCCUCGUUAAGAGUGCCUUCUCCGAAACCUCCAUCUCUCGAACCACGGUCUCCUAAAGCAAGUCUGUUAACGUCCUUCUCGUUGGAAGCCCACUCACCUAAGGUACUGUCGUCUCGAGCCCCUCCCACACUCUCCCUCCCCCCAGCCUCCCCCAGGUCCCCCUCCCUCCCUCCCCCAUCCCCCUCAGGUGUCUCCGCCAACCUUCCCCCAGCCUCCCCCAGGUCACCCUCCCUCCAACGCCCUCUAGCCUCCUCGCCCCGGGCUUCAUCAGCCAAAAGGGGCGUGUCCAUAGUCCUUCCCACAGCCCCUGUCCCAACCUCCCCCAAUCCUACCUCCCCCAAGCCUCCCUCCUCCACGCUUCUUUCCCCCAGGCCUGCCUCCCCCAAGCCUGCCUCCCCCAAGCCUGCCUCCCCCAAGCCUGCCUCCUCCAAGCCUGCCUCCCCGAAGCCCACCUCCCCCAAGCUCUCCUCCCCCAAGCCCGCCUUUGCCGAGCCUACAUCCCCUAAGCCUGCUGCCAAUGCUGCCUCCUCUGCUCCUGCUUCUCCUGCUGCUGCCACCUGUGCAACCACCGCUGCUGUCACUGCUGCUGCCGCUGCUGGUUUGGAGCAGCAAGAAGCAGACGAAGACGCCCUUCUCCUCUCUCUUGAAGCACCUCAAAACUCGCCUGCUGCCCCUGCUGCCUCCUCUGCUGCUGCUGCCUCUGCUGCUGCCUCUGCUGCUGCCUCCUCUGCUACUGCUGCCUCUGCUGCUGCCUCUGCUGCUGCCUCUGCUGCUGCCUCCUCUGCUGCUGCUGCCUCUGCUGCAGCCACUGAUGAUUCUCAGCAGCAAGAAGCGGACGAGGAUGCUCUUCUCCUCUCUCUUGAAGCACCUCAAAACCCACCUGCUGAUCCUGCUGCCUCCUCUGCUGCUGCUGCCUCCGCUGCAGCCACUGGUGGUUCUCAGCAGCAAGAAGCAGACGAGGACGCUCUUCUCUUGUCUCGACUCGGAUCCCCUCGCAUCGUGCUCCCCAAUCGCAUACAGUCACACUCGUUCAAGUGCAUAAGCAGCAGCAACAAAGCCAUCCAAUUAAUGGCACGAUCGCGCAGCGAUCCUGACGCUCCAUCGGCAUCUCUGCUUGAUCCAAUGGCUGACGUCGUCCUUCCUCCCCACUUCCCCACCCUUCCCCAUCUUUUCACCCCUCCUCGCCUCGCCACUCCCCCUCGUCCACGCUCUCGGGGAGGCUACAGUAAACUGCAGGUAGAUCUAGCAAUCAUCACGACUGUAUCGGAUUUUAUCGGAUUUGAUUUGUUUGGGGAUGGGGAGGAGGAGGAGGGGGGAGGUGCGUCUGGGGAAGGUGAGUCUGGGGCAGGUGGGAUGGACCCGUGGGGUAUGGUUGCUGCUGUGGGUGGGUCGCUCUGGCCUAUGAGUGACUGUACAGAGGGAGAAGAAGCGGCACAAACUGGUAAGGUGCAAUUGAAUUCCGCAGAGGUGCUUGUGGUUGAUUCUACAGAGGGUGACUGUAUGGAGGGAGAAGAGGCAACUCAGCAGGUGCUAGAUGAUGCAGCAGGUGUGCAAGAGAUGAGUGGGGAGGAUGUGACUAAAAAGGAUGUGAAUGGGGAGGAUGUGAUUGGAGAGAACGUGGCUGUAACGGCAGCUGAAGGGGUGAUCGAAAGCAGAGGGCAGGCAGAUGGGACUGUAGAGGAUGUGAGUGCUGCUGAGGAUGUGUCUGGUGGCGAUGUGACUGUAAAGGGGGUGAUCAGCGAGAAGGUGCAUAUAAGGGAGGUGAUUGUAGCAGCCUCGGCAUUGUGGAGGGACGUGAUUGAGCACCGGGAGGAUGUUGAUAUGGCUGUAGAGGGGGCUCUGGUGGAUAGGGUUACCACACGGAGUGAUGAGGGAGAGAAGGGAAGAGGCAUGGAGGAGGCGGAGAGCAGAGUGAAACGAAUAGGUGCGGGUGCUGAUAUGGCUGCUGAUGUGGCUGCUGAUGUGGCUGCUGAUGUGGAUGAUGUGGAUACUACAGACGAUAAGGUGCCGAGCUGGCAGCAGGUGUGCAAGCAGGGGGAGGUGAUUGUAACGAAGGCCAAGCUUCUUAUGAGUCUCUUAGAAAGGCUUGAGUGUGAGGUUGCAGAAUGUGAUGUGCUGAGACUGUCCGCGACAGAUGUAACCCUGGGGGGGACAGAUGUAACCCAAGCAGGGACAGGUGGAACUGUUCCAGAGACAGGUGUAACCCUGGCACUGGAGAAUCUGGUGGUUCUGGCAGAGCAGCAUCUGUUGCUGCUGAGUCAGCAGCAUACAGUGGGAGGACGAAUAGGGGAGGAGGGUGUGACUGUGAGCGAUGUGACUAUAGGCGGGCUGGUGGCAGUGGCAGGCAUGGUGAGAGCGAUAGAGGCUGCGGCAAACGUUGAGGAGGUGACUUGUGAGGCGGCGCCUGUCAUGGGGAAGCGGCGAGAGAAUUCAGGGGUGAAGGGAAGGAGAGAAAGAAUUUUGAUGAAGGGAAAGAGGGAAAGGUCAGGGGGUGUGGGAGCAGCAGGAGGGAAGGAGGGUAGAGGAGACAGGGAGGGUUCAAUGAAGGGGGAGGAGGCAGGGCGUGUGGUUGCUGGGGCGCCUGUGACAGAAACGAGUGUGCUUGUACGGGGGGCUGCAAGUUUCUUGGAUGAAGUGAGAGAUGGGGUGGGCAGGUUGAUUAAAGGAGUUGAUUAUAACAGAGGUACCACACCUGACGAUCUGCGGCGGGAGGGAAUAAAAUCCGCAGAUAAUAGAAUCUGCGGAAAUUUUGUCGUCAGCCAGAGUGACGCCGCCCAGAUUGCGCUGAGUCUUGUGGCGGCUUCUGUCCGGCAUUUUUGUCUUGUAGCAGAGGAGGGCGGUUGCAGGGAGGGCGGCAGCGGUUUGGGCAGGGAGAUGGGUGGUGUGCGGUGGGGUGGGAAGCUUCUGAGAAAGGCAGGGAGGAGCUGUGCUGCUGUGAUUCGUGCUGCUGCCAUGCUUGCAGGUAGGGUGAUUGGGGAAGAGUUUGAAGGAGCGGAGGAGACAAGGGGAGAGGGAAGAGAGGGAGGAGGAGAAGGGAGAAGGGAGGGGGGUGAGGAGGAGCAAGAGGACGGGGUGCAAGCAGCAGCAGAUUCGCUACUGCAUGCUGCAGAGAGGCACUUAAGACUGAUGAAGGGCGUUGAGAGAAGGCAAGGGGAGCUGCAGCUCCUGCAGCAGCAACAGGGGCGGGAGAUGCAGGAGAAGCAGGUGCAGCAACAGGAUCAGUCGGUGCCAGAGGGGGUCUUGAUUAUCGACGAAAGCAAGGAGGGAGGCAGGGAAGUGAAAGGGGGAAGCAGGGAAGGUGGUCUCUUGGGUGAACUGGCAGGUGGUCACAUUGACAAGAGACAUGUGAGACGUGAGCAACGGGCUGCUGCUGCUGCUGCUGCUGCUGCUGCUGCUGCUGCUGCUGCUGCUGCUGCUGCGGGUCUGGCUCUGCAUUUGGCUCACAACACUGAGAUGCUGGUGCUACCUUGGUACUUGCCUUCUGAUGGGCGUGCGAUUCUGCUGAGAGGAGGGAUGGGCAGGGGGAGGGCAAGGCAGGGGUUCUUGCUCAGCAAAAUUCUUUUCCGGGCAGCUCAGCUGGGCCAGGUGUUUCUGUCGCAUUGGACAGCCAGAGUACCUGAUUUUGCGGCGGAAAGUGAAGCUGAGGAAGGGAGGGAGUGUGAGGGUUCGUGGCACAAAACACAGGCUGUAAGGGACGGAGAAGUGGUGCAAGGCCACGGAGCGGCGGACCCAAGGUUCACUGCUAGCCUGCCUGCUGCUGCUGAGAUUACCGCUGAUGGUGGUCUUGCUGCGCGCUUUGCUGCUGGCUUUGCGUGGCUGGUGCGGUGGUCAGGAGGAAUGGCUGCACUCGAAGGGAAGCUGGAGCAGCAGCAGCAGGACCAGACAGAGGGUGGAAGGGCAGGUGGUUGGGAAGAGAGUGGAGAGGUGGAUGGGGCGGUGAAGGGGCUACUAGUGCAGGGGGCAGCAGCUAGGGAAUUGGCACGCGACUUGCUGAUUCAGGCUGAAUUGCAGCGGUCCCAAGAAACGACUGAUGAGGUUGGGGUUACCACCGGUGUCCAUGCUCUUUCGGAGAGGAAUGGGCUGUUUCAUACUGAGGAUAGGCACAAGGAUGAGGUGGACAGUGCAGCGUGGCAGUCUACCACUGGUGUGCUGAGUCAGCGCGCUGAUUUGGCUGAGCUGGCGGCUGCGUAUGCUGAGUCGUGUGUCAGAUUCGCUGAGUCAGCAGCAGCUGUGCCGUCUGGUGACGCCUGGCAAGGCCUGCUUCUGCAGGCGGAAGGGUUGGUGGUGGAAGCUUCCAAGCAGCUUCGGAUGCUGUUGCAGGCAAAGAAGCACCGAAGCAGCAACAGGAGGCAGCAGAAGGGAUGGCAGGGCGGGUAUCCAACAGAAAACAGCUGCGAAUAUUAUGGCAGGGGUGGUGUGGAUUUUGUAAAUUAUGGCGGUAUGGACUGUUCAAAUCAUGGGGCUGAAGCAGCAUGUGAGGAUGACUUCUUGUUGCUGGCAGCACUGGUUGAGGAGGCUCAGUUUCAUCACUCGCUGCUGCUCCAAGCAACGCAAGACAGAGCAACAGAGAUAUGUGCAGCUAAGGCUGAAAGCAGGGUUCAUGGCUCAGGGGAGGCUGUGUCUGGGGGAGGUGCAUGUGACUCUGUACCAGAGUCACGAGCAGGGGUGCUGGUGUGCAGAGUGGAAAGGUCCUCUAUCCGCCGCUCUGCUCUGCUUCUGCGUCACCGUGCCUCCUCUCUCCUCCACCGCCUCUCCAUCCCAUUCGCACCUCCUCCUCCUCCUGCUGCUGCUAUCCCUGGGCUUUCCUUAUCGUCAGCAUCGUCCAACAAACCUUCCUUCUCCUCCCCCACCACCAGUCACUUGGUCGUGUCAGCAGCAGCUACUGCAGCCAGGCUUGUGACCUCCUCUUCCCUCCUUGCUUCUCUCCUGCAAGCGCUUCUGCUUCUCUCCCCUGAUGAUCCCAGACCUGCUCCUGAUGCAUCACCAGCUUCUGCAGCCCUGCCUGCUGCUGUGCUGAGUCAGCAACAUGCCACCGUCCACUCACUCGCCCUUGCCCUUGCUGAUGUGGCAGCUGACCUGGACACGCAGCUAGCCAGGCUGGCAGACGCAUGCCUCCGCCAUGCUGCCUGCACUGAUCCUGCCGGUGCUGACGUGGCACUUGCGUAUUGGCUGCUGGAUGCAGGGCAAGAGCUGGUGACUCACUCCCAUUGGCUCAUACAAGGAACAGGUAAAGGGAAGUCAGGCGUUACAAGUGUUACCGAUGUUACAAGUGUUACAGGAGCAGAAGCAGCAGCAGGACCAGCAGCAGCAGUGAACAGCGUGGGUUGUGUCGCUGCUUUGUCUCUCAGGCUGCUGAAAGUUCUCUUCUCCUUCUUUUGUGGCAUGCACCGGCCCUCCACCAAUGCUGCAUCCCCCAUUUCUUCCUUUUCAGACUGCCCUGCUCCAGUCGUACCCACCCUGCCUCUACUGCCCGCCUCGCUGACCUCUCGCCUGCAGCAGCUAGAAGCUGCUAUGGGCCUGCUAGUCCCUGCACAGGCACACGCGCACGGGAGGGCUUCUGAACCGCAGCAUCACAACCCACUGUCCCCCCCACAGCAAGGGCUCUCUGUGCGGAGCAAACAGGGCAGUGGCAGCAGUGGCAGUGCCGUGACAGCAGCACGCACUCUCUGUGUGUCGUGGCUUAGCCUGUGCUCUGAGGCCCUCUCUCUCAUGGCCGAUAUCCGCACUCGGCUGAGUCAGCUCUAUGUGCUUUCCCAUUCCCAUGACAGGGGGCUUGCACAUGCCCACUCUGCCACUGAUGCAGCAGCCGCGCCUAUCCCCUUGCUGAGACCCUUUAAACCCCAUCUGCCUAUAGCAGCAGCAGCAGCUGUUCCUGUGGUGUCUGCGCUGCUGCUGCGCUGCCUCUUGAGGCUGGGGGGUGCUGUGGCGGAGGUGUGGGGGGAGACUGGUGGGGGAAAGAAGGGGAAUUGGGGGAGCCGGGGGAAGAGUAGGGGCGGAAGGGACGGCAGAGGGAGUGAAGGAAGCGGCAAGGGUGGUGACGGGUUGGGAUUGGAAGGGGAGGAGGAGCUUUGCUGUGGAUGGGUGUACGCUUGGGAUAGUGACGGUUCUGCUGCUGCUACUGGCGAUGCUGGUUCCCACACCCCUGUCCCCCCUCUUGCCUCUGCAGCAGCAUCAGCAGCAGCAGAGGUCACCCUCCUGUCCUUGCUCCAUCACAACAUGCCCUUCCCACUACCAUCCCCAUUAUCCGACCACAAAAGUUCGGGACAAGGUAGAAAACGGGAGGAAAGGGGCGAGCUAGUGGAUAGUCAUGGAGGGGAGAGAGGAGGAGGGGAGCAGACAGAAGGAGGAAAAGAGGGAGAACAAGUCAAGGAGCCGUUUCUGGAUGGGGGAAUUUCUCGGCCUGUUCUCUUUGGCGAUCUCUGUGCUUCCAUUUGUUCCAAUGCUGCUGCCGCGUUGACAGGAAAUGCCACAGAUCUUGCAGAUGUGGCUGGCACACAGGAGCGACUCACCUCGUUAGUGCAGGGAGCCACUCGCCUCUCACACUUACUCAAGAGCCACUUAGCUGUGCUGCAGCAAGCUGCCAACCAGGGCUGUGGAGCUCCUAGGUUCUUCCUCGCGAUGACAGAUGGCGCGACGCUAUUCGCCCGUAAGCUACAGGGCCAUAUAGCUGAGUUACAAGUGGCCGAGGCUGCUUGUAUGGGGGAUAAGGCGAGGGGGAGAGGGGGAGACGGAAGGGGGGGAUGGAGCGGGAAAUGGAGCGGAAAAUUUGGGGCAGUUACAGCAGAGGAGGAUCUCGCUCGGGCAGCUGGAGGAGCGUUCCGAUUGGCUUCUGAGGCUGCCCGGCACGCUGGGCGGCUAGAAUUGGAAGCUUCUUGGGAAGCACUGGGAAUGGAUGGCAGCAGCAAGGGGGGGGUGAUUGGCAGUAGGGGCCCUCCCAAAGCCAGGCAUCUGCUCUUUGAGAGACAUGCAGCAAUGAAGCCUUUGGCUCAUGCCAAGAAGGUAGAGGCAGAGUGGAUGUGGGGUGGGGGCGAUGAGGAUGAGGAGGAAGGGGAUGAGGAGGAAGAGAAAGAGGUGGAGGAGGAGGGAGAGGGUAGGCGCAGCGAGAAUGUGGAGGGUAGAGGAAUUGGAAAAGGGGAAACUGGAAGGUUCAGUGGCAGAAGGAUGGGCAGCAGGUUCGCGGGGAGCAAGUUUGGGGGAACCAGGAGAGUGAACGUGGAGUUGCUUAUAGAGAGUGUGAAUAUAGCCGCAGAGCUGGCAUACCACAGCCAUAGAGUGCUGACCAAAUGCGUGGAGGGUGUGGGUUCCGGCUGGGUUGGGGAGGUCACAGAAGCUGCUCUUUCCGCACAGAUUAUUGACGCAACUGGAGGCUUUGCGUCUGAUUUGAAUAUGAGAGGAGGUGCUGGUGUGGUGAGGGUCUCUGCUACCAGUGGGGUGAGAGCAUAUGGGGAUGUGGAUAUGAGUGCACCCAUCCCUGUUCUCUCCGUGUUUGCAGUCAAGCUGCAGACACCUGCUGCUGCUGCUGCUGUGGGAGAGUCAGCAGCGUCGGCAGGAGGGGUACGGGGCGCAGGAGAGGGGGAUGGUAAGGUGCUGCAAGGAACAGACGAAGCUUCUGUCGCCACCCCAUCCCCCCUCCUCUCCUCCUCAUCUCCGUACCUUCCUCCGAGCUCCAGCUGUCACUCCGCCAUUCGUCCGACGCCCCAUGCUGACGUCAUCCUCCCCAUCCCUCUCUUCCUCUCGUCUUCUGAGGAGGAUCGGAGCAGCUUCGGCACUGACCCAACCCUGGAGCAUGUUUGGUGUAGCUCCAGCCUAGGGCCGAGCCACGAUCAGCCUCGGAUCAGCUCCGGACUUGACUUGGCUCGGGAGCAGGCUCGAAGCAGCCUUGAAAGUGGGGGCAGUGGGAACGAGAGGGGUGGGAGGGAGGGGAGGAAAGGAAGGGAGAAGGAGAAGGGGAGGGAGAGGAGGCGGAUGGAGUUAGUGACAGGAGGAGAUAUGCCUGCAGAGACAGAAACAGGAAUUGAGACAGACAUCGAGAGUGAUGCUUGGAGUGUGUCUAGUGGGGGUUGGGACUCGUCUGUUGGAGAUGGGGUGGAGGGAGAGGAGGAGAUGAGGGGGGAGUUUGAGGGUAGGAAACGGGGGGUUGGGGAGAGGAGUGGGCAGAGAGAGGGGAAGGGGGAGAGGGAGGAGAGUGGGAGAGAGGGUGGUUUGGGUGGGGGGGUGGAGGGAGGGACGGGUGGGGAGGGUGAGGAGGAGGAAGAUGAAGACGAGGAGUGGUAUCAAGAACUGCUGAAGAACAUGCGCGAUGUGGACUUGGGGUUUGGGAAAGAGGUUAUAGCAUCUGAACAAGAAGAAGGGGCAUGUGAGAGGGAAGAGUCAACCAUUGAGGAAGGAGUGAGGUCCUUUGGGCUGAGUCAAAGUGUAGUAAGGGGUCUUCUGGCGGAGGAAGGAGGGGAAACGGAGGAGAGCGGGAAAUGGCGAGGGGCAAAUGAGGUUCCUAUCUCUGCAGAGGCAGGAGGAGGGAGAGAGGAGGCGCAGAGGGGGGAGGGUGGGAAAGGAGAGCCUGCUUUUGAGUCGACUCAAGAGGAGGCGCAGAGGGAGGAGGGUGGGAAAGGAGAGCCUGCUUUUGAGUCGACUCAAAAGGAGGCGCAGAGGGAGGAGGGUGGGGAAGGAGAGCCUAGCCCUUGCAGCACUGACAGCGACGCUGGCACCAUAGCUUCGGAGGCGACCGACGCUGUGCCGGACCUGCCGUUCAGGCUCGGAAAGCGGUUCUACAACAUUGAUUCGAUGCUGAACAUGCGCGAACCUGCAGUUGCCUCGGGGGCCGGUGGGGUUGGGGCUGGUGGGAAGCUGUUUUCAGGGUACUUGGAUAGGAAGGGACGUGGGAGGACCCUCAUUGAUGGUGCUGUGGUGGGGGCGUCAGUUGGGGCAGCCAGGGCAGUGGGGGCAGUGGGGGCAGUGGGCGUGGGGGAGAAGGUUUCAGGGAGAAGAAAAGGGGAAGGAGAAGGGAGUGGGGGUGACAGGAGUGAUGGUGGCGAGACGAGCGAAUCAGCACCGGCAGAAGAAGCAGCAGCCAUAGAAAGUGCAGCAGCAGCAGUGGAACGUUCGCCAGCACCCACACAAACAGCAGCAGAAGAUUUGAAGGGACUUCUGGCGGAUGCAACAACAGAAGAUUCAAGAGCAGAGGAUACACCAACAGCAGCUGCAGCAGCAGCAGAAAGUGACAGUAACGAUAAUGACAGAAAUGGCGAGGGUGACUGUCACGAGGGCGAGGGUGACAAUAACGAGGGCGAGGGUGGCAAUAACGAGGGCGAGGGUGACAAUUACAAGGGCGAGGGUGACAAGAAUGAGGGUGACUAUCAAGGUGAGGGUGACCGAAUUGAUGGUGCCAAUAGCGAGCGUGACAGUGAGAAGGACGGCAGUGUCGAGGGUGACAAUAAUGAAGGCGAGAGUACAACAAUUUGUUCGGAGCAUCCGGACCUUCUGCAGUUAGACGAGGUUUCCCGAGCCAAGCAGGCUCGGCGACAGUGCCAUGCCGAAGCUAAGGCCGCCGUGGCUGCAGCUUUGGAUGCCCAGGAUGACCUGGCAGACGCCGAAGCUGCAUUGGAGGAAGCUUCCAAGGAAGUUGCACGGCUCACGGCAUGUACUGACACAGAGAAUAAAGGCUCAAGCUUGGAAGUGUUUGUCAAGGGGGAAGGGGUUGCUGAUAACCAGGUGACAUUUGAGUUGACUCAGGAGAUGGCAUGUACUGACAAUGAGAAUAAUGACACAAGUCUGGAGGGGCUUGUAAAGGGGGAAGGGGGUCCUGGUAACCAGGCAGGGGUUGUGGUUACGGUUGAUGGGGGAAAUGAGGGCAGCAGCAAGGGAAGCAAGACAGCCGAAGUCGAAGGAGAGGGGAAUGGAGAGGAGGGGGAGGGGGGAGGGGGAGGAGGGAGUGACUGA